AUGCCAUCUGCAUAUAAAAGCAAGGGUAAAGGCCGCGAUGCCCGCCAGUCGCGUAGUCGCAAUACUACUCCAUCCAACGCGGGAGGUGCACCCGUAGUGAUCCCUCCGCUUCCCAGCUACCUCGAAAACGAUGUGACCAAAGUCAUCGAGUUGGCAAAUAGCCAAUAUACGGAGCUUCUUGGCCUAGUCGAUGGUCCAAAUAUUCCCGAUUCGAAGACCUUAGAAGCUCUCGUGGAGCAUCUCAACAACCUUAGUGACAUGGCAGACACCCGAGGCGAGAUGUUCAAUGCAGGGAUGCGGGAGAUGUCACACAAACGGAAGGAAGUAAUCGAAGAUCAAGAUCUUAGUCGCGAAGUUGCAGAUCGUGCAAAGUUGAAGCGGGAAACGGAGGACGAUGACGAUGUGAUCCACAAAGGAAAGCUCAAGAAACGGAAGGAUCGUGGAAGCGUCAAAGAAGAGCGACCAUUAAGUCAUGGAGCUCAUGAAAUCAGCCGUCAAGAUGGUGCAGAAACAAAAAUUGAAGGUGCUGCAUCUCCAGUUUCCAAGCAUUCCAAAAACGCCGCGUCGGAUGGAAGCUCCUCACUGUCCCCUCCCUCCAUGUUGUCCCCGAGCGGCCCCACUGCCGAGAACGAUGGCACUGCAGCGCCUGAGUCCCCCGAAUCGGACUCAAGCGAUUCCUCUCACCAGCCUGAGCCCCAACCAGCUGUGCCACAGAUCCAAGUUUUCGGUAACAACCCGCUGAAGUUCGAUGACCCGACAAUCUACCACAUUCGAGACAUUUUCCCGGAGACAACAGACGAUGAGAAGAAGGAAAUCUACAGCGUGGCUCACUUCCCAAAGAGUGACCUCGCCCAUAUGAUGGCCGGCAUUGCGCCGGACAAGGACUUUAGCAAUGCAAAGCCUGCGAAUCAAGUCAGCGCGAAUACCUUCCAGGCUUACAUUGACCCAUACAUUCGACCUCUAAUGGAAGAGGACAUUGCCUGGUUACGAGAAAGGGGAGAUCGCGCGACACCUUUCAUCAUUCCCCGUCGUGGGAAAAAGCCGUAUCGUCAGGUUUGGGCAGAGGAAGACGGACUACCCUACGACCAAACGCAAGACAACAAGGACCAACUCCCAUUGAACCAAGGCCGUAGCAACAUCGAUCAAUUGACCGAUGACAAACUCGAGUCCAACGAUGUUUCUAUCGGACCGUUGCUCAGUCGUCUAUGUUCUCUUCUACGAUACGAGCACCGCGCCCUCCCCGACGACUCUGCAAACCCAACCACCGGCGAGUCAUCUGCACCCACAGCUAUCGGAGGCGGUGAUGCAAUGGAGAUCGAUCAACCGAGUACCGAGUCAGAUACAAAACCAGAGAACAAGUCUCUCCCUCCAGCGACCGCUUUCCGCGACGCCAAUCCCAACGAAUUCAAGACCUCGGUUGCAAAACUCGAUCACGCCCAGCUGGACGAACGCGCUAAGGCAGAACUUCGCUACAUCGGCUUCCUGGGCCCCGAGGAUAACCCUGACUAUGAUGCUCAUUACGAUGACGAGGUAGCCGAGCGUCUUCGUCUUCUGCAAGGUGAACUGAAGAAACAGAUCGUUACCAACAACGCGCGCAAAGCUCGCAUACUCGGCAUCGCCCAGGAACACAUGGCUCUCCUCGAGUUCACUACUAUCCAGGAUGAUCUCGACACUCAGGUCCAGCAGGCUUACCUGAAGCGUACUCGAACAAUGGGUAAGAGCAAGAAGGGCUCGCAGGCUAAGCACCGUCCCGGUGGUGCUGGUGGUGGUAGUCAUGUUGCAACUGGUGUUUCACGACCGGCGGUUGGUGAUGCGGCGAAGACGGUCAUGGACCGUCGUAAGCGAUGGAACGAUGCUUUCCUUCCUAUCUUUGAUGAUAUCAAGACUACCAUUCCUUCUGCGAGUGAGACGAUCUUUGAUCCUACGGCUAUGGCCGAGUAUGAGAAGGCUGAGCUGGAGAAUUGGGAUGAAGAGUAG